AAUAAACUUUGUAGCUCACUUCUAAAAUUUGGAGAGAGGGGCAUGAGUGCACGAUGCGUGCGGCGCUUUUCUUUAAGCAGCGCCUCUAAUAUUAACCCUAACCUAUUCGAUCGACACCAGGCCAGGCGCGGAUUUGAUGACCAAAUCCCUAGCUUAAGCUUCAACGUUCGAUAGCAGCCGCACCAACCAGAGGAAAUCUGCUACCGCCGCCGGGUGUCCGUGCCUCUGCUGCCGCUGAAGCUGCUGCAUUUCUGCCGCCGUACGCUUGCCGUCGUCGUCUUCUUCUCCGGCCCUGGUCUUUCGGCUGCAAAAUCUGUGGAACGCCGUUGACGGCUCUGGCUCGCCGUGGACUGCUCCGGCCCGCCGUCGACUGCUCCGGCUCGUCGUGGACUGCUCCGGAUCCGGCCCGCCGUGAACUGCUCCGACACGACCGAUUGGAAAGGAUUGUGUUGAUCCUUUGGAGAAGUACAAAGACCAACUCACAAAAGAAGUGUGGGAAGAUUUUGUGGCCAAGAGUACGACUCCAGAGUUUAUGGCUUUGAGUGAGAAGAACAAACAAGCAGCGCUACAGAACAUUUUUCCUCAUCAUAUGGGCCGUUCAGGAUAUGUGCUUUCCAUGGCGAAAUGGAAAGAGCAAGGCUUAUUAGACCGGUUUCUUCCGACAUCGGAGGUAGAUUCAACGAAGUCUAGCACAACCACAACUGAAGAAAUUCCAAGACAUGUAAGCUGGUUCUGUGCUAGGUCGGGAUUGACAUCUGAUGGACAUUUAGCUUUUCCCGUUAAUACUGAUGGCAUGAAAGAGAAAAAAAAAACAAAUUGGACAAAAUUCAAGAUGACAUAGCUGCAGGGACAUGGAAGCUAACUGGACGACAUGAUAUUUUGACUGAGGUUGUAGGGAAACCUGACUAUCCUGGCUGUGCACGUGGCAUUGGUGGUGGUGUGGGUUAUACUCGAGUGUUUGCAGCAGAGCGUAGAGGUGGACGGCGCGAUAAAGUGGGUGAUUUGAGUGAGGAUGAUUUGAAAAAGUUGCAAGAGAGAUGGUUGAAAGAUAUGCAUCACUACUUUGUUCCUAGAGGUGAACAACCUACCAUGGGAUCAACGCAAGCUUCUGAGUCAGGCCAAGUUGAUACAAUGAACUCCACAGCUGAUAUUCCACAUAAAUCUUUCAUUGAUGGUGCAAAUUGUAGGCUGGCUGUUGAGUCACAAACUGUUAGUGGUGAUAUGAGCUUGGAUUAUGUGGCCGUAGCCGUAGCUUACAACACACCAGUUGUCUCGAUUUCUUGAUGGGGACUCACUUGAGAUUUGUAUCAUUCAGACUUUCUUGCUUUGUUUAAAAGAAAAGUUAGUUGAGCUUGGCCGUGACGACAUUGGCUUUUUGUGCCCUCACAUGUGCUCUUUUGAACAUUAUAAAAUGGACAAAAAGGGCACAAUGACUUACUUGAAACAUGCUUUGAUAGAGUCCUUUGAAAAGUCAUUCAUUUUCCUUCCAUACCAUGAAGGGUAUCAUUGGAUUCUGCUUGUCAUUUGUCCUAUGGUCGAUAAGGGAUAUAUUUUUGAUUCCAUAUCGAGUUCUUCUAGCAUUAGUAUUCAAAGAGACUUGACAACAAUGUACAGGGUUGCAUCUGCACAAAAAGGUAGCGGUAAGUCAAUUAAAUGGAAUAGUGUGAAGGUUGCACAACAAAACGGAAGUACUGAAUGUGGAUAUUAUGUCAUGAGAUUCAUGUGGGAAAUAAUAUCAUACUCUGAAAAUCAUGAUAUUGGAAAGGUAUGGCGUUCAAGAAGUGAACCAUACACAUUAGCAGAGUUCAAUGAUAUCAGAAAUGUAUGGUCAAGAUACUUUCUUGAUGUUGUAUUGCAAAGUUGAGAAAAAACUACUUAGCCAAACAAUUUGUAAUGUAUGAAUGUUGAUUGGAUGUUUAAUUAAUUAAACACGUACUUAAUUGUGCAUUAUGCUUUUUUGUAGAUGAUAUGGUACUUUUUUU